AUGGCGGUGCACUUCUCAAGGGCUUGGCCUGGGAAUCAAGAUUGUGGGUUGCGCCUGGUGGCCGGACUUAUUCUGAUGGGCUGUAUUAUGGAACUCUCAGGACAGGAUCCCGUCACAGACGUUUCGCAUUUCAAAGACAAGGUCAACAACUCACUAGACCAAUUGAGCCGAUCUUUGGCGAUUCUCAAGAAAAGGAAAGCGGUCGAAUUGACACAUCCUGGUAUUGAGUCUCCUUUGUAUUGGGCUGACAUUGAUGCAAUCACCCCCAAGUUGACAUCGACCAUCAGGGACAUGUGGGAAGCAAGCGAACGACUCUCGAACGAGAUCACCCAAACUCAUUAUGGUGAAAAGAUCCAUAGAUCAAUCUGGGAAUCUCGCCUUCAGAAAGCAGCAUCAAGCUACAGUGGCACCAACGAUGAUAACCGAAGGCUCAGUACAUCGACUCACGGAGUCUCGACUACACCACUUCCUCAUACCGCUCAAAGCACACAACAUUCUUAUUCUGCGAUACCUUCUGUGCAGAGACCUUACUCUUCCGUCCCAAGACUUGAUCUUUCAACGGCUAACCGAGAUAUGGAAGAACACCAAAGGAUUAGCAAAAGUGGCUCAACAUUCUCAGGCCUGGGGGAUCUCUAUCAUACUGAAAAUCAGCUGGAUGCCGUAAGGUCGAACCUUCAAGCUCCGGUGAUCACUCUGCCUUUGUCCACCACAUUUCAAGAAAGCUUUCCGUCACCAACAGCAUCUCCUUCCGAACGCACACCCACUGCCAAUGAAGUCAGGAAAAGAGGGGACCCUCAUAUUUGCAAUUUUUGUUUCAAGACUUUCACACGAGGCACUACACUCCGUGAACACGCUAGGACUCAUACAGAUGAGAGGCCAUAUAAGUGUUGCUCCUGCGAAAAAGCCUUUUCCAGACUGAAAGACUGUCGUCGCCACGAGCGCCUGCAUGCCAAUGCCAUCACAGCCCAUUGCGGUGGCGGUUCUUAUGGUGUACUUUGGGGAUGUGGCCGGAAAUUCACAAGACCAGAUGCACUCAAAGCACACUUGAGCUCAAGUCAGGGUGUAGGUUGCUUGAACCCUCUACUUGAGGAUAGAAAAGACAGAAUUUUACGAGCCGCAUUCCGCAAUAUAGCUUUCUGCGAAGGUCCCAUGGAGGGGGAUAUGUGGGGGUGUGGACGACAGCUUGAAACAUUGGAUGCCCUCAAAGCACACUUGGAAGCACAAAAUAAACAGUGCUUCAAAUCCCGAGCUCAUCUUGAUAAGGAGCAACUCGAUUGUUUGAUAAUUGAGCUUGGUCGCUUUCCCUAUGCCUGCCCUAGAACAUAUGGUGGUUGCGGUAAGCGAUUUGAAAGUGCAAUUGACUUGAAGGUGCAUGUCGAUGUUCCUUGCCAAUCGCAUUGUUUGAGAUUAGGAAUUAUAUUCAAAGCUAUGAAGACGCAGGACUGGAAAAGUAGCAAGGAAUAG